AUAUAAGGUCUGGAACCAGAGAUAUAAUCCGGGUCUAGAACCAGACAUAUAAACCGGGUCAAGAACGAGAGAUAUAAGCCAGGUUUAGAACCAGAAAUAUAAGCCAGGUCUGAAACAGAGAUCUAAGACGGGUCUUGAACCAGAGAUAUGAGCCAGGUCUAGAACCAGAGAUAUAAGACGGGUCUAGAACCAGAGAUAUAAGCCCGGUCUAGAACCAGAGAUAUAAGCCAGGUCUAGAACCAGAGAUAUAAGACGGGUCUAGAACCAGAGAUAUAAGCCGGAUCUAGAACCAGAGAUAUAAACUGGGUCUAGAACCAGAGCUCCAAGCCAGGUCUAGAAUCAGAGAUAUAAGCCAGCUCUAGAAUCAGAGCUAUAAGCCAGGUCUAGAACCAGAUAUAUAAACUGCGUCUAGAACCAGAGAUAUAAACUGGGUCUAGAACCAGAGCUAUAAGACGCGUCUAGAACCAGAGAUAUAAACUGGGUCUAGAACCAGAGCUAUAAGACGGGUCUAGAACCAGAGAUAUAAGCUGGCACCAUGUUGCAUGUUGGUGGUUUCAUGCCGGGUGUGGGGUUCCAGGUCCCCGCAGCAUCUCGGUCACGCUGGUCUGUUGUUGUGCUGUUAGUCUGUCUCCAGCUGCGUCCGCUCCAGACCGCCAUCUGUCUGUCUCCGGGCUCCUCGCAGGCGGGCGGAUGCCUCUGCGCCUCGGACAUCCUCAGCUGCACGGCCGCCGGUCUAGAUCACAUCCCUGCGAACAUGCCCGUCUCCGUCGUCACUCUGGAUCUCAGCCACAACCGCAUCGCGCAGCUCGACGCCGGCGGCUUUCAGGGACUCUCUCGAUUGGAGACACUACGUAUAGCACACAACCAGCUGACUACCAUUCACCCGGGGGCGUUUCGAAACACCUCUGGGACUCUGCUGCGACACCUGGACCUGUCGUCCAAUCAGCUCUGUGUCCUGGAGCGGCAUUUUUUCCUCGACAUGCCAGGAUUGGAGGAACUGCUGCUGUUCAACAACCGCUUAGCCCACGUGGAGAGCAGGGCUCUAGCGGGACUGGGCAGCCUCCGGAAGGCCUACCUCAGUCACAACCGCCUCACAGACUUCCCUUUCUUUUCCUUCCAGGAGCACAGCCACCCUCACCUGUCCAUGCUCGACCUGUCCUCCAACCGCCUGCCCAAGCUGCCCCUGGAGGACAUAUCCAACUUACCCCUGUCCCUGCAGCAAGGACUCUACCUUCACAACAACUCGCUGUUGUGCGAGUGCGCCAUGUACGGACUCUUCAGGCACUGGGAACGGCGAGGCUUUGCCUCUGUGACAGACUUCCGACAAGAGUACACCUGUCUGGUGUACGGGAUCCAGAGAGGGACGGUGCGCUUCUUCCAACAUGGACGCUACUUUGAGAAAUGCAACUUGACCGGGACGAGUCCGGGGCUGAAGACGCAGGAGGGCAGCGUGUCCGUGAAGGUCGGGAGGCGACUGCUGCUGCACUGCCUCACGAGUCUGGUCGGAGAACGCGUGACGUUCCUCUGGGUGUCGCCGAACCAGGAGUACGUGGCGCCACCGGGAAACAACGGCUCCCUGAAGAUGUACGGCAACGGCAGCUUGGCGAUCGCAGCGGCCCGUGCCGAGGACGGCGGGAUCUACUGGUGCAUGUCGUUGGAUCGGGAUCAGCGACGCAACGAGACGCGAGAGGUCAACGUGACGGUGCUGCUGCACCACGACGGCGAGCACCACGAGCCGUUCAACACCGGGUUCACCACCCUGCUCGGCUGCGUGGUGAGCCUGGUGCUGGUGCUCAUGUACCUGUACCUGACACCGUGUCCCUGCCCGCCGUGCCGCAAAGCCCCGGCCCCGGCGAGCCAGGGGAACGAGGCCGGGGCCGGGAGCGCCCAAUCCUCCAUCCUCACCCCGACCCCGCCGGCAACCACUGAAGGCCCCGGACGCAAGGUCAGUACCAACAAGCAUGUGGUGUUCCUGGAGCCAAUCAAAGAGCAGCAGAACGGCAAAAUCAGGGCGGGGCCGGGGGGACAUUUGGGUCCAGGGUUACUGUUAGAAGCAGAGCAGCGGGCAAAGAGGGCGGGGGAGACGGACUCCAUCAUGUCCAUGUUCUCAGACACUCCCAUCAUGCUGCCAUAGCAACAGAGAGACACAG